AGGGGCGGCGAGCGCUCCGGGGCGCGUUCUUUCCUUGUCGAUUUCGCGGAGGAGCGAUGGCGGUGCCAGGCGCGUCGGGGAGGAUGCCGGAGCCGCUGGGGCGCCUCUCGUUAGGACCGACCUUGCUGGUCCUCCAGCUCCUCUUCGCGGGGCUGCCGAGCCCGGCUGGAGCCAGCCAGCUCUCCAAGUGGGAACUGUCGGUGCCCAUGGGGAAGAAAUUUUUUCACUUUGGAAAGAUUCUCUUUAGGAACACUACAAUUUUCCUAAAGUUUAAUGGCAAUGAAAGUGCAUGUGAUCCUUCUCAAAGUUACACUGUAAGCUGGUACUUAAGAUACUCCUAUUGCUACAAUGAGGUCUUCAAUUUUGGGGAUGAACAGGCAAAACUAUAUUUUCAGAGCACUUCAGUACAACAUCCAGGUUGGUCAGGAUACUACGCUAUGUCUGAACUCUACUUCCCCAACUGUAGUGAGCUCUUCAGACCACAGAAUUUCUACAAUGAAUUUGUUCAUCCAGUCCUCUUAGGCAGUAAAGAGGAUAGGAAAGAGAAUGGAACAAACACUACUACACUAGCAGAGAAUUUUGCAAUGAAUGCUGUAAUGCAAACAUGGCAAGAUGGGCCAUAUAUCUUUAUUGUAAAGGUUGAUAUUUCAUCUUCAAAGGAUGGAGUGAAUAUUAAAGGAAUAAAUGACGAAUUGCCAAAUGUUGUGGCUUCUUCUGAUGAGCCAAAAGCACCAUUUACCAUGACUGUGGAAGUAAUUGGACCAUAUGAAUACCUUUCUCUAGCAGAUUAUCCUGUUAUGAUAUUCUUCAUGGUGAUGUGUAUUGUAUAUGUGUUGUUUGGUGUCCUGUGGUUUGCAUGGUCAGCCUGCUACUGGCGGGACCUCUUAAGGAUACAGUUUUGGAUUGGUACAGUUAUCUUACUUGGAAUGUUGGAGAAAGCUGUGUUCUACGCAGAAUUCCAGAAUAUUCGCUAUACAGGAAAAUCUGUCCGAGGGGCGCUGAUCCUGGCUGAGCUACUUUCAGCACUGAAACGUUCCCUUGCCCGAAUUCUUGUUAUCAUAGUGAGUCUGGGAUAUGGCAUAGUGAAACCUCGCCUAGGAGUCACUCUUCAUAAAGUAAUUGCAGCUGGAGCCCUUUAUUUAUUAUUUUCUGGUGUGGAAGGUGUCCUCAGAGUCACUGGGUCUUUCCAUGGUGCUACAGCUGUUGUAGCUAGGUUUGGACUGUCUAUCAUUGAUUCCUGUAUUAUUUAUUGGAUAUUUAUCAGUUUAACUCAAACAAUGAAAUUGCUGAAACUUAGGAGGAAUGUUGUGAAGCUCUCCCUUUAUUGGCAUUUCACCAACAUACUCAUCUUGGCAAUAGCAGCAUCUGUUAUUUUUAUCAUCUGGACAACUUUGAAAUUCAGACUGGUGGAUUGUCAGUCGGAUUGGCAGGAGCUAUGGGUUGAUGAUGCCAUCUGGCGGCUGUUAUUCUCAAUGAUUCUUUUUGUCAUCAUGAUUCUUUGGAGGCCAUCUGCCAACAACCAGCGGUUUGCUUUUUCACCAUUGUCUGAAGAAGAUGAGGAGGAUGAACAGAAAGAGCCAAUGCUGAAAGAGAGCUUUGGGAUGAAAAUGAGAACUUCAAAACAAGAAUCAAAUGGAAAUCCUAAAACCAACAAAGCACAAGAAGAUGAUUUGAAAUGGGUAGAAGAGAAUGUUCCUUCUUCUGUGACUGAUGUGGUUCUGCCAGCACUACUGGAUUCAGAUGAGGAGAGAAUGAUCACACACUUUGAAAGAUCCAAAAUGGAAUGAAAGAUGAAACAACUUGCAGGAGAAGCUAUCUUAGUGUUCCAGAAAGGAAGAAACCUUGUCUCCCUUGCAACGUUCCAGUGCUGUUUUCUCUGAUAUGUUCCAGGAACUUUGGAACUAUAGAUUGUUGUCAGAGGGAAAUUUUUGUGGGGUCAGCAUGGAGGGAAUCUCAGUCAUGAAACGAUUUGCAUUUGCACUGUUUGCUGCCAGUGAGGUAUUUAAACCAUGGAAAUGUCUUUUAUUGCAGCAAAUUCUUUUAAAGUAUUUAAGUUAAAACUCAUUAACAAUUGGCCGAGCAACUUUUAAUUCAACACUAGAUCUAAAUCCCCAGAUUUAACUGUAACGGGGUGGGAGAAAAUAGGAAGUUUCUCCAAACGGGUGAGGGUGAUUGACGUGCAGAAGUUUCUUCAAAGAAGCCAAAAGUGACCUCUGCUUGUAGAUAAUUUCCAGCACAGUGUAUUUGGUAAGAUGCUGCACAUAGUAACUCCAGUAUCCAAGACCUGGGACUGUAAAUGGAGGUUUGAUUCAUAUCCCUAUCUACUUCCCUUGGAGGACUUACACUGUCAGAGCUGACAGAAUCAUUUACCAUCUGUGAAAGUGCUUUGUGUACAGAAACAAGUAUGCAACAUCCUGCUAUGUGCGAGAAAUCUGUGAAUCAGGAUCAGUGCCUUUUCUCUUAGAUUCAGUAGCUAUUGUCUGAAGAUUCUGCUGUUUGGUUAGGAAAAAGAAGAGAGUUUUUGAAGGAAAGCUUUUGCCUAUGGAAAACACAAACUCCAAAAGAAGUAUUUGGGAGAAAUUAUGAUGCUUAAUAUUUUAGCAAAAUUAAGUGCACUUUUUUUUCAUUCCACGGUGUAGAAAAAAAUAUUUUCCAUUUAAUGUACUUACAAGCAGUGAUUACUUAAUUCCCAGUUUGUUGCUAUCUCAUUGCUGGCAAUGAGAUGUGAGCGUGAGCUGUUAACUAUUUGAACUGGAACAGUAAUUGAAUGAAAACACCAUUGAACAUCACAGAACUUACCAACUAUCCCUGACUAUUUCCAUGUUGAAAAUAUUUAUGCUAGGUUUACCUAGCCCAGACAGAUUUGAGAUACUAGAUUUGCUUGGGUAUGAUCUAUGUAAAAAGUAGUCAUAAACUGGAAGUAUUCCUUUUUGCAAUUCUUGAACAGGCCUUGUGUUAAAUGGCAUUCUUGAUUGCUCCCAGUGCUCCAGCUGGUGCAGUGGGGCUGAUAUUCCCCCCCCCAUACAUCAGCCUUUUAAAACUCUUGAUGUACCAUUCCUCUGAAGCCCAAUGAGAUAUUUAAAAUAGCUACUUACAGCCAUCCGUUCACUGCUUCUAGGUAAAACCAUAGCCAAGGCUCACAGAAGAAGAGAUCAUUCUCAAUUGUUCCUUCAGAUCUGGAGCUGGCUGCAAUGCACAGUAAAAAUGCAGACCAUAAAGUGGCAGCUCAGUCCUCAAGUCACUUUAACCAAAGGCCAAAAGGAUCUUGUUACAGUCUCAGUAGCUCCAUAGCUUCCACAGUUCUACAUCCUACCUCCCCUCCAACCAUAAUCUGCACCAAGAGACAUUUUUAACUAUACACUUGUCUAAUUAUAUUUAGAUAAUUCAAAUAUUUAAGAGGGUUUUUGUUUGUUUGUUUGUUUUUAAAGAAACUACCAGGAAAACUGAGCCUGUUACUGGGAGAAUAAACAGGUCUUGCAACAGAAACAAAUUCAGGUUAACCUAAUGACAAAUACUCUUCUGCAAUAACUUAUGCAAGUAUGUGUGUUGGACCUUUCUUUCCAGUUGCCUAGAGGAGUGGGAGAGAAGGUAGAUUUUUUUUUAAAAUUUAAAUUGUGUUUUUCUAAGUUUAAUGCCAAAACACAAGUCUUACAGAUAUUUGAGUCAUUUCUUCUGGAAAAACUGGAAUUGGGUUUUCACAUGGAAUUUACUACUGGCUUAAUUCUGCUUCCCAGACGUGUUUUAGUUGUACUUACAGUGUAUAAGUGGUUUGGUAAAUAGGGCGUCCUCUGUCUUACAGGAACUUUUUCAUUUGAUUCAAUCUGAAUUAGCAGAUUUAUGUUCUGUAUAAUAAAAUUGUUUUUUUG